AUGCCGCCGACCGACCUCUCCACGCGCACGGCGCGGUUCUACGACGUAUCGGCGGCCGACCGCGAUGCGGCGGCCGAGGCGGCGGCCACCAACCUCGCGGUACAAGGCUUCUGCAUCUUAGACUGUGGCUUCAAGGACAAGAAGAAGGAGGUUUUGGAGAAGGCCAAGGCCGAUGCCGCAGCGCUGGACGAGGCCGAGGCCUUCUACCGGCCCGAGGAGCUUGUGUUCAGCGGCCUCUUCGGCGAUGAGGGCUCCGCCCGCAUCGCGCCGCUGUCCCUGAAGGAAGAGCCUCUGCGGGAAGGCCUCAAGGCCCUGGAUGACGAGAUGACCGAGCUUGCUCAGGUCACGGCACCCUUCAUCUCCUUCAAGAUGGGCUUAGAAAUCGUCUCGAGAGCCCGCGCGGUUCUUCACGAGACCGGGCCCCUUGAGGGGAUCAUACAGAAGCUGACCCCGGGUGAGGCGUCGAUGUGGCUGAGCGACUUCCGCUUCGGGCGAGUCCUCUGCGUCGUGUGUAUCGGCCCGGGUUACGGCGAAAUGGAGCUGAAGCCGUACGCCGAGGUGGAUGCCAAGCCCUUCAAAGUCACGGCAGCCCCUGGCACCGUGCUGAUGAUCCGAUCCGACAAGCUCCGCGCCAGACAUCUCUGCCGAACGCGGACGCUCUUGCUUAGCUGCAACCUCCAGGCCUCCGCGGCCACCAACGCGCGGCUGGCGCCGAACCCCUGCGCUGGGAAGCUCCAGGAGUGGCUGGACGCGCGGCUGCGCUACCUCAAGUCCGCGGAAACAGAGGACCGGCGGGCCGAGCUCCCCCGCCACCUGCGGCUGACAAUGAACCGCCAGUGCUUCAAAGGUCAGUACAUGGCAGUCAGAGGCCUCGCGAGCCGCAUCUCGCCCUGUUGGGGUCCCGAGACGUUCUGGUGUGGCGGCUCUUGCGGGCUGGAUGCCAUGCAGGAGGUCCCGCUGAUGAGGUGGGACCACGAGAAGUUCUUCGAUCCCGACGACAACGGUUGGCGAUUGUACAAAACUUUUUCCAGGCACAUGUCCUUCGUUGAUGGCGUGGACCUCUUCGACAACAAGAUGUUUUCGAUCACGCCCGCGGAGUCAAAGAUCAUGGACCCGCAGCAGCGGGUAGUGCUGGAAGUCGGCUACGAGGCCCUCUUCUCCGGCGGCUACAAGAAGGGCAAGAUCAUGAACUCGCUCGGGGGCAUGUACCUGGGCUACGGAACCGGGAACUCGGACUUCGGCCACGUCGAGCGUACCUCGGAUGGCGCCGCGGAGGGCUCCUUUGGCGCCACCGGCGGCUCCGCGGCGAUCACAGCGAACCGGUUUAGCUUCGUCCUGGGCAUGAAGGGCCCCAGCAUCGCCGUCGACGCGGAGGAUGCAUCAGCUCUGCUCUCUGUGCAUAUGGGCUGUGAAGCGCUCCACAGCAAGGGCCGGGCCUUGGCCAACGAGUUCUCGCUCUGCGGCGGGAUCAAGCUCAACCUGUCAGCCUUCUACUGGCCGCAGCGACAGGCUGCAGGCUGGCUGUCCAAGGUCGGCAGAUGCCAG